AUGACGACUGAUACUAUUGCAUUUCGUUCAACGACAAACAAAUCAAAUGUUAAAUUAAGAGUAGAAGAUCUUGAUUUUGCAUUACUAAAUGGUGAAAAACUCGAGAAAUUACCCGAUAAAAUCGAAGUAAAUGUAGUUUAUCGUCUUGCACUUGCAUCAAAUACCAAAGAUGCUUAUAGAUUUGACCAUUAUUCAUGGAAAAAUAUACGUUCAACACCAUAUCCGAAAAAUAAUCCUAAAUUUAUGAAGAUUUAUUAUUAUUGUAUUAAUUCUGAAAAGAAAAAAGAUAGUCGGUGUGUGAAGCAUGUCUAUAUUUCAAAUACGAAUGAUUUUGAUGUUCUUGUUUAUUAUUAUGGAAAUCUUGAUGUUGCAACAAAUCAUCCACAUGGAAAUUGUAAAUUAAUAAAUUCACAUGUUUUACAUCAUACACCUCAAUCAACAAUUCAACAAAUUGAUCAACUUGUCUCGAAAAUGUCGGGUGCUGCUGCUUAUAAAACAUUAGUUGCUACAAAUGGUGGUGCUAAUGGUCCACGUAAUGCAUCACAAUGUAAUUAUAGACGCCAAAUAUUCUUAAACAAUCAAAAAAUAACUCAUGAUGAACUUAUUAAUGUAAUUCUUUUAUCAUACGAGCUGAACGAAUUUUAUAAAUUACUACAAUUACAACCGGAAAUAUUAAUUGUAUUGAUGCAUGAUCAAAUGAAAAACCAAAUUCUAAAUCUUCUUAGAAUAACAAAACAAAUAAUACCUUUAUAUUAUGACACAACUUUUUCUCUUGGUGAAAUUUAUGUUUCUAUACUUGGAUUUCGAAAUGUAAUGUUCUCUGAACGACCAAUACUUCCACUUGCAAUUCUUAUGCAUGAUCGAAAACUUCAAUCAGGACAUGAACGUUUUGUACAAAUCUUGAAUAAUGAAUUACCAAAUCUUCAUAAAAAUUGUAUUCUUAUAACGGAUGGUGAAGAUGCACUAAAAAAUGCUUUUCGAAAAUAUUAUCCAACAAUGUUACAAUUGCGUUGUUGGAAUCAUGCUAUGAAUGAUAUAAAAUCAGCUGCUAAAAAGUAUUUUUUCGUUGAACAACAACAGAAUGUUGUUGCUGCCACUGAUGCUCAACUGAACAAAAAGGAAAUUAUUGAUCAUGUUAUUGAUACAAUUAAAACUCUUUUACGUGCAUCAUCUUACAAUGAAUUUCGUGUACAGUAUGAAAAUAUAUCUUUACAUUGGUCAAAAAGAUUUGUUGAAUAUUUUGAAAAAAAUACUUUACCAAUUAUUAAUGAGUUAGGUGGAUGGUCAAGUCGGAUGUUUCAGUUAUUUGAUGAAGUUUCUGGAAUAACGAACAACCCGAUUGAAAGUUUAAAUGCUGUUUUUAAGCGUUGGCUUUCUUGGAAGGAAUUAUCAUUAGAUGCAUUAGUGCAAAUGUUUUUUUUUGUAAUGGGAUUUUAUGUGAAUGAAGUUAGACGUGGUCUUUGUUCUUAUGGUGGUUAUCAUUUAGAAGCAGCAUACAAUGAUGCAAAAACUGAUGCUGCACAUUUAACUCUUGUUUCUGGAUUUUCACCUGAUGAGGUCGUGGCAAAAAUAAAGUCUGCUAUGCUUAAGCAACCAACACCUGCACAUGAUGAUAAUCCAGCACAUGAUGAUAAUCCAGCACAUGAUGAUAAUCCAGCGCAUGAUGAUAAUCCAGUACAUGAUGAUAAUCCAGCACUUGAUAAUAUACAAAAUCAAAUUUGCAUUAUCAACCUGAAUGAUAUGACGAGUGAUCUUGACAAUGACAAUUCUAUUGAAGAGAUGUGCAAUAAUGAAUCAAGUAUCAACCGUCCAUUACCUAAUAACCAAACUUGUAUUAAUGAUAAUCGACAACAAAAAUUAACAAAUACUAGUCGAGCUAGUCUUCUUCUUGAACAAAAUUUGGUACAAUAUCAUCCUGAUACAAAAGCAUUUACUGUUCGAUCUCUCGAUCAUCUAUUAGUUCAUGCCGUUCACAUGAAUGAUCCAAAACGUCUUUUUCGAUGUUCGUGUCCUAAUACUUUACUAAAUUGUUCACAUGUACUUGCUGUGAAACAAUUCCUAGGUAUGCCAUUAGAUAAACGUGAUAAUCAAGUUAAUCUCGGUCAUGAAAGAAAACGAAAACGGAUUGACGAUAAGAUUAAAAAAGCCGGUGGUAAAUGCCCACGUCGAUGUGAUAAAGAAUCAAAUAAGGAACAUACAUCUUCAUAUUUUUCUUCAAAACAAAAUAGCACCACAAAUGCUAUUGGAACACGUCGAGAUGAUAUUAUUUCAUUUCCGUUGAAUCCAUCGAACAAUCCACAAUUGGUCACACGUACACUAACAGAUAUAUCAAAUUUACCGUCGUCAUCAACAUCUAAUGUUACUACUACACCUAAAGUUAUAAAAGCAAUUCGUUUUAUUACACCAAUUAAUCUUAUUGUUCCUCAACAGCAAUUAAAUCAAACUGAAGUUCGUCAAUCAUCAUAG